AUGGAGCAGAUAUUGGCCGAGGCUGCACAAUCAGGAGACAUAAACGCCUUAUAUGAAUCACUCCAAAGGGAUCCAAUCCUUUUGGAUAAAUAUGAUGAGCCAUCAUUUGUGGAUACACCUGCACACAUAGCAGCAGCUGCUGGCUCCACCCACUUUGCCAUUGAAGUCCUAAGCUUAAAGCUCUCUUUCAGCACGAAGCUCAACUCGGACGGGUACAGUCCACUGGACUUGGCACUGAGACAUGGAAAAACCCAAACAGUUAAACGGCUCAUUAAGCACGAUCCUCAGUUCAUUCGCAUCAAAGGAAGAGAGAGGUUCACGCCAUUGCACUAUGUAGCUGACGUGGGUGAUGCCGAGCUUUUGGCUGAUCUUCUAGUGGCUUGCCCAGAAUCCAUUCAAGAUUUGACAAUUCGAGGAGAAACUGCUAUUCAUAUUGCUGUGAGAAAUAAUAAUGUCAGAGCUUUACAGGUGCUUUUAGGUUGGCUCAAGAGAGCAAACAUCAAUGGACAGAUCUUGAACUGGAAAAAUGAGAAUGGAGAGACAGCCUUGCAUAUUGCAGCCUCUACAAAUAAUUUCAAGGUUGUAAAGCUCUUGAUCAAUGAAGUGAGAAUAAAUGAACAAAACUUAGAAGGAUUAACAUGCCUCGAUGCUUUUAUGGGACUCGCAACCACAAGAGAUGAGAGAAUUGCUAAAGCUUUACGCGGAGCAGGUGCUAAGAGAUCUUUAUCACUACGUCCCGUUGAAACUUUAGCCGAUUUUUUGAGUUCAAGGGAAUCAUUCACCAGAAAAGUUUUCAGACAAAUGAUUGAAUUUGAUGCUAGUAUAGAUGGUUUGUCAAGUGACAUGCGAAAUGCCCUCCUUGUGGUAGCUGUACUAUUUGUGACAGCUACCUAUCAAGCUGUACUAAGCCCUCCAGGUGGAACAUCAUCAGGAGGUGAUAGCAAUUCACAUUCCGACAACCCUUUCUAUGCACCUCAUCAAGGGGGAAAAACAGACACCAGAGGAACAGCACAAAUGGCCAUGUCUGAUUUCUCAAUUAUUGUUUACUUGAACACAGUAAUCUUUGCAGCUUCCCUUCGAAUUAUCUUCCGUCUGCUCCCCAGAACCCUUUAUUAUUAUAUGGUAUGUGUCGGAACAGCUCUAUCACUUAGCUAUAUGUAUUCAAUAGUCCUCAUAGCACCAACUUCAAUUCCUAUUCUGGCAUAUCCUGUGUUCUAUUUCUUGACGGGAUGUUCUGUAAUUAUUUCCAUGACUCUCGCUCUUUCUUCAUUCCAAGCUUCAUAUCAGCGUAUGACGGAAUUCCUAUAG